AUGACUGAGUACAAGCUCGUAGUGGUAGGCGGCGGCAGUGUGGGCAAGUCGGCGCUCACCAUCCAACUGAUCAACCACCACUUCAUGGACGACUACGACCCGACCAUCGAGGACUCCUACCGCAAGCAGGUCGAGAUCGACCAGGAGACCUGCCUGCUCGACAUCCUCGACACCGCCGGCCAGGACGAGUUCAGCGCCAUGCGCGACCAGUACAUGCGCACGGGCCAGGGCUUCCUGUGCGUCUUCUCCAUCGCCAGCCGCGGCUCGUUCGAAGAGAUCUCGUCGUUUCGCGAGCAGAUCCUGCGGGUCAAGGAAGACGACCAUGUGCCCAUGGUGCUGGUGGGCAACAAGUGCGACCUGGAGCACCUGCGCGUGGUGCCCACGUCGGAGGGCGCCGACCUGGCCAAGUCGUUCGGGUGCAAGUACCUCGAGACGUCGGCCAAGGCGCGCAUCAACGUCGACGCCUGCUUCUUCGAGCUGGUGCGCGAGAUCCGCAAGGCCAACCCGGAGAACAACCCCCACGACAAGGGCUCGAAGGGUCGGGGCAGCCGCAGCGGCCUGGGCCGCAUCAAGCUCAAGCAGCAGUGCUCCCUCUUCUAA